AUGAGCCCUGUUUCCGGUUUAGAAGCCCGUAAGGCUCCGGAUUUGGGUAGCUAUCUCCCGAUUGGAUGCAUUUGCGUCCCAGCCAGCCAAACAAGUCUCUCGGUGGAGCAACUCAACACUCUCAAUGGCCAGGAUGGUUGGAUUUCGUUCGAUGGCCCCGAGAAAGGAUCACAAACAAAUGGAUUUACGACGCGCGACUCCCCAGAUAACUUAUGCGAGGACAUCGAGGCUUGUCUUGUUCGAUGCGCUGCGUUGAAACCAUUCCAAGGCCUUCUUCUCGCGCGAUGGAUACGCCUCACCUAUCGUACCUCCACCAGUAGGGAAGGGUUGGUUUUUCGCAUCUAUAUUCUACUGGAUGAUGUUGAACGUCGCUCAGUCGAUCGCGAAGAUAAAAGGCUCAAAAAGGCGCGGUCCCUUCUCCUCGAAAGAUUGAACUUCUCCCAUGAAGUCUGGUUGGGUGCCUGGCCAGUCGAGGACGCCGACCGCAUCGAGUCACCACGACUGAGCAAUCCAACAAACUAUGAAGAUGGAACUGGCCAACAGUCUCUUUUGGCCCUAUUUAACAGUAUCCCGUCGCCGAGCCCUCGGCCUGAAGAACUCUCGGAUCCCUACAUCUCCGAGGCAGCAGAUAACCUCUUGAACAGCAAGGUUCCGGGGUUAACCACCACCUUGUACCCCUACCAGCGCCGUUCCGCAGCCGUCAUGCUUGAGAAGGAGUCCAACCAGGAAAAGUUACUAGACCCGAGACUAGAGAGUGUGCUUGAUCAAGAAGGCAAUGUUUGGUACUUUGAUCAAUCCGCCGGGGUCGUGUUGAAAGAACCCCGCUUCUACGAUGGAGUUUCGGGCGGCAUCCUGGCGGAGGAGAUGGGAGCGGGGAAGACGAUCAUCUGCCUCAGCCUCAUUCUUGCAACAAGACAUCUCUACCCGCUAGCCCCGGAUAUGUAUCGAGGCGCGGUCCCUGUAAGACCCAAGGUGGGCUCGUUAGUGGACAUGGUCGCGUCCUUCAUUACUCGAAAUUCCGUUCCAUGGCAGUACUACCUCAAAUCCGCAGAAGACCAGUACGAUUUGGAUUUCUCUAGGUGCAUCAAGGCGAUUGAGCGGCAUCCAGGACAUUAUCUCUGUCCGGAGGAGCCUCCGAGUGACGUCUGUAGGGUAACCUUGCGUGGCAACAGACAUCGCGACCCUCACCCAAAGCAAUUCGAGCCCAAGUACUCGACCAUUUACCUCAGCAAAGCCACCGUCAUUAUUGUCCCCAACAACUUGGUUGUCCAAUGGCAACAGGAAAUUGAAAAGCACACCCAAGGCCUCAAGGUACUGACGAUAUCCCGUACGAAAGGCCCAGAGCGAGCCGGUAUUCCGGAUGUGAAAGAACUCCUUGAAUACGACAUCAUCCUCUUCGCUCAGACGAGAUUCGAAGCACUUCAUAGCUCUGGUUUCGCGAACAAGAGCUCGCUUUCCUUAUCGUCAUUAGCGCAGGUACACUUCAAGCGUUGCAUCGUUGACGAAGGUCACAGACUGGGAAGUUCCAGGAUCCGACAAAAGAGUAAUCUCUUGCUCGGGAUAGAGAGUCUCAGAUUUUCCUCACGGUGGAUAGUCACCGGUACACCUGCGAAAGGUCUUUACGGAAUCGAUGGCGAGACGUUACCGGACCGGGACGUGCCAUUGCCGUCUCCAAGGGCAGGGCCAAAUCAAAGUGAGGCGCAGGACCUCGAACGGAUUGGCGCCAUGGCCGCGUUGUACCUAAAGGCUCGUCCAUGGGCGAACACGCUCAUGGAGCCCGGAGACACCCCAGCGGACUGGGCGGUCUAUGUGAUGCAGCCUCACCACAGUUCGAGAAGCCGUGGCCGAACUGACUCUCUUCGGUCGACACUGAACUCACUUAUCAUUCGACACCCCGUAUCCGAGGUUGGAAAGCUUCUUCCACCGGUCGAUGAGAAAGUAGUUGUUAUAGAGGGUUCUUACCAAGAUAAACUAGCCCUCAAUAUCUUCUCCAUGUACAUAGUCUUCAACUCGGUGCAGUCGCAACGGACCGACCAGGACUACUUCUUCCACCCCCGACAACGAAAGUCACUCCUGCAGCUGGUAUACAAUUUAAGACAAGCGAGUUUUUUCGGCGGCUCGUUCUUCAAUGUCGAGGACUUGCAGAAGGGCGUUGAGACUGCGGAGAGCUUUUUAGAGAAGAAGGCCGUCGCUAUAAGUGCCGAGGACGAGGCAUUGCUAAGACAGGCCAUAGCCUUUGGCCGUGUUGCGAUGGCCAACGAGAUCAGGACCCUGAGCAACCAGUUUCAUGAGUUGCCCCUUCACGUUCAUGCCUUUCCCGGAUCGGCCGGCGGGGCGUGGUCGCUAGAUAACAAAGACGAGGACCCCGUAUUGACCGACGCGCCGAUGCUCCUAGCGUUGCAGAAGAUUGUGCGAAAGCAUAUCAACUCCCCUGCAGAAUUGAACAGAUUAUUGAACGGAGGCCUGAUUGAAGAAGGUCUAACGCAGCGUUCGAAAGCACUAACGUCCGAUGAAUCGGACGGUGGGCAAAGCAACCCGCGGGAGACAGUCCUUGCGGGGAAUGCGAAACUUGGAGACACGAGAAGCCCGCAGAAGAGCCGCGUGUUAUCGUCGCUGGAAACACUACAGUCGGAGGUGAAUCAGAUGGCUGAGAUAUCACACUCGGCAGAUGAACAUGACAUACCGGCCGCCUUGGCGGAAACAAUGGUCAUCGCCACGAGUUCUGCUAAGUUGUCGUAUCUGAUCGAUGCCAUCACGAAGUACCAAGCAGAGGAGCAGAUCAUCGUCUUUUACGACAAUGAGAAUAUAGCUUGGUAUAUCGCCAGCCUCCUCGAUGUGCUUCAAAUCACAUAUCUUAUUUACGCCAAGUCUCUGACGACUGAGAAGAAGGCUCAGUACGUGAAUAGCUUCAACCACAGUCCCACAUUCCGAGUCCUUCUCAUGGACAUUACACAGGCUGCGUUCGGACUUGAUAUGUGGGCAGCGUCCCGCAUAUACUUCAUGAACCCCGUACUCAACCCACAGGUUGAGGCGCAGGCCAUCGGGCGAGCUCGGAGAAUAAGCCAGCAGAAACCCGUCUCGGUCGAGACUCUGGUGCUCCGCGACAGCAUCGACGAGGUCAUCGUUUCUAGACGGCAACACAUGACUCAGGCAGAGCAUCGGAAGUGCAAGUCCAUUCUGGAUGACCGUCCGAUUUACAACUGGAUAUUGAACGCGAAGAUUAUCCCGUUGCCGGACAAUAGCACAGCGGACAGUGCGUCGCAGAUGGCACCGCUUCAGUCACCGCAGUUGGUGUUUGGCAAAGGGUUCGGGCGUAUCAUCUCUUCCGACGAAGGGUUAAUGAUUGGCGGACCCCCAACUGCGGCGACGAAUGCUUCCUCAACACUUAAUGGGACGAAGCGGUCGCUUCCAAUCGACGUGCCUGAUGCGAAUUCCAACUCCGACGGCCAUGACGUGCCUGCGCGACCUGCCCGGCGGGUCCGGUUUUCGACAAGCUCGGAUGAUGAGAAGUGA